AUGGCUUUAACUUCUAGAAAUGCGGGGCAGAAAAUUUUCGCGCAACUUCUCAUCACUGUUAUAUUCUACAGCUUGAUUUGUAUUAUUUUUGAGGCUGUUGAAGUAUUAGACGAGAUAUUGGAUAAUGCAAGUGUGGUUUUGCUUAUAUCGAUUCUGAAUAUUAUAAAUUAUCUUCCGGAGAUUUCCCUUCCAUUGAUGCUUAUGGUAUCAGCUCUGAAGUUUUCGAAAAACUUGGUCAGCACAGCUCCUUCAACUUCAAAUCGAUGA